AUGAGGAUAAAUGAUAGGCGAGGACAGGCAAUAAAAGACGAAUCAGUGGAAGUGGUAGACCCGUCGGAAAGUCCCACAUUCUACUUUCCCGUCAACAAGCUGAACCUUCUCGUGCCAGCGACUUUACCACGAGGCUCCAUUUUGUUUCGGACAAAAGCGCUUCCGUUGUCAGACAAUUCAAGUGGCAAAACUCCCAGCUAUCGCUCUCUCUUGAAAGUACCCUCAUGGCUCCAGAUUGACUCAGAUGAACUGGACCUUGUAGUUAAACUUCGCAGAAAUGCAACUCCAAGUGUGGGAACGGUCGUUGUAAAAAUUGAAGCAGAAAAUACAACGGUGGAUGAACUACCUCAUGACGACAGUCUCAACGAGGUGCCCCUCAACGUGUUGGUAAUGGAGUUAACCGUGCUCAACGAAAACUCAACACGUGUACUUUGCGCGGCAGAUAAUUCAACUGAGAAUCUAUGCUUUUGGCCUUUUGUGAGCUGGCGAGUGCUGGAGGAGGAGCCGGAAGUGAGCCUGAGUUCCCCAGGGCCAGAGUAUCUGCAACGCUUCUGCAACAGAACAUUCCAGUAUCGACUGGCCGCAAACUCAACUGUUUGUAUAGACUCAACUGUUUGUAUAGACUCAAGUGUUUGUAUAGACUCAACUGUUCGUAUAGACUCAACUGUUCGUAUAGACUCAACUGUUCGUAUAGACUCAACUACUUGUAUAGACUCAACUGUUCGUAUAGAUCUCAACCUACUUGUGGGAACGGACGUUAUACCGAAGAUGACACCUCGAACAGUUUCUUCAAGGAACAUCUCUGUGGAGCUCAUCGAUAGAGACGAUAACCCUCCGGAAGGCCAGAAUAAGGAGCCAGUGUACCUGGAAACAAAUGUCCUAGUUCAGCGAUACCAAAUCAGCAUUGUGGAAGACCCGUCGGAGCUGUGGUUGGUGCGCUGCGGGCCAACAACUGAGUUAAAGUUCAAAUGGCCCUUUCCACACGCAAUUAUCAGUUGCUAUCUGACUCCACGAGAGAAUCGCACUUUGGCAGAAAAUUCAAAACACAACAUAACUCUGCUUGUGCAAGAUAUCACAAUGGAACAUAUACGACCGCACGUUGAUAACAAUGUAAGUGUUAAUAAAGAUAAUCAAUCAUGUCAAUGUCAAUCAUGUCAAUAA